AGGGUUGGCCGAGACUGAUGCCCUAGCUACAGCUCUGUGCUGGUCUGGGUGCACUGUCGCCGCUGUAGUCGCUGUCUAGGUCCCUUCCGCGGUACUCUUGCCUGGAGGCUGCCUCCCAGGCUCCGGGCGCGGACACCAUGUACGGUUUCGUGAACCAUGCCCUGGAGCUGCUGGUGAUCCGCAAUUACGGUCCCGAGGUGUGGGAAGACAUCAAAAAAGAGGCACAGCUGGAUGAAGAAGGCCAGUUUCUUGUAAGAAUAAUAUAUGAUGAUUCCAAAACAUACGACCUGGUGGCUGCUGCAAGCAAAGUCCUCAACCUCAAUGCUGGCGAAAUCCUUCAGAUGUUUGGGAAGAUGUUCUUUGUCUUCUGCCAAGAGUCUGGCUAUGAUACCAUAUUGCGUGUCCUGGGAUCUAAUGUCAGGGAGUUUUUGCAGAACCUCGAUGCCCUGCAUGACCACCUCGCCACCAUCUACCCGGGGAUGCGCGCACCUUCCUUCAGGUGCACCGAUGCAGAAAAAGGCAAAGGGCUCAUUUUGCACUACUACUCGGAAAGAGAGGGGCUCCAGGACAUCGUGAUCGGGAUUAUCAAGACUGUUGCUCAACAGAUACAUGGCACUGAGAUAGACAUGAAGGUUAUUCAGCAAAGAAAUGAAGAAUGUGAUCAUACCCAAUUUUUAAUUGAAGAAAAAGAAUCAAAAGAAGAGGAUUUUUAUGAAGAUCUGGACAGGUUUGAAGAGAAUGGUACCCAGGAAUCACGUAUCAGCCCAUACACCUUCUGCAAAGCAUUUCCAUUCCACAUCAUAUUUGACCGGGACCUAGUGGUCACUCAGUGUGGCAAUGCCAUCUACAGAGUGCUCCCCCAGCUCCAGCCUGGGAACUGUAGCCUUCUGUCUGUCUUCUCUCUGGUCCGCCCUCAUAUCGACAUCAGUUUCCAUGGGAUUCUUUCACACAUCAAUACAGUCUUUGUACUGAGAAGCAAGGAAGGGUUGUUGGAUGUUGAGAAACUUGAAUGUGAGGAUGAACUGACUGGGGCAGAGAUUAGCUGCUUACGUCUCAAAGGCCAAAUGAUCUAUUUACCGGAAGCAGAUAGCAUCCUCUUCCUCUGUUCACCAAGUGUGAUGAACCUGGACGACCUGACAAGAAGAGGCCUGUAUCUGAGUGACAUCCCUCUCCACGAUGCUACACGAGACCUGGUUCUUUUGGGAGAACAGUUCCGCGAGGAGUACAAACUGACACAAGAGCUGGAAAUCCUCACAGACAGGCUGCAGCUCACACUGCGAGCCUUGGAGGAUGAGAAGAAAAAGACAGACACAUUGCUGUAUUCUGUCCUCCCUCCAUCUGUGGCCAAUGAGCUGAGACACAAGCGCCCAGUGCCUGCCAAAAGAUAUGACAAUGUGACCAUUCUCUUCAGUGGCAUUGUGGGCUUCAAUGCUUUUUGUAGCAAGCAUGCAUCUGGAGAAGGGGCCAUGAAGAUUGUCAAUCUGCUCAACGACCUCUACACCCGAUUUGACACACUCACUGAUUCACGGAAAAACCCAUUUGUUUACAAGGUGGAAACAGUUGGUGACAAGUAUAUGACAGUGAGUGGUUUGCCAGAACCUUGUAUCCACCAUGCACGGUCCAUUUGCCACCUGGCUUUAGACAUGAUGGAAAUUGCUGGUCAAGUUCAAGUAGAUGGAGAAUCUGUUCAGAUAACAAUCGGGAUCCAUACCGGGGAGGUGGUGACGGGUGUGAUCGGACAGCGGAUGCCUCGGUAUUGUCUCUUUGGAAAUACUGUCAACCUCACAAGCAGGACAGAAACCACCGGAGAAAAGGGAAAGAUAAAUGUUUCUGAAUAUACGUACAGGUGUCUCAUGUCUCCAGAAAACUCGGAUCCACAGUUCCAUUUGGAGCAUAGAGGCCCAGUGUCUAUGAAGGGCAAGAAGGAACCAAUGCAAGUCUGGUUUCUAUCCAGGAAAAACACAGACACAGAGGAAACAAACCAGGAUGAAAACUGAAUGUCAGGCUGUGGAACAAAGAGAACUGUCGGUCGGGAUGUGGUUACAACCUAAUAUGUGUCAAGCCAAGAGUACGUCUUCCCCGUGGGUACCAAUUUCUACUUCUUGUUUUAGUGACCCAAGGCUUUCUCCUAGUUACACAGUUCUCUCACAGUACUUUAUUUGAUGUCAUCUCUGCUUUUGAUUACUUUUAAGGUCUCAGUAUAUUUUCUAAGGUUUGGUUUUUCAUGUGGAUGAUUUGAGCUGUUUCUUAAAUUCUGCUACAAACAUUACCAGACUGGUGACUUCAAGGUGGUAAGCACCCAUUACGUUAGGUUUGUUAAAUCUGAUAAAACGAGAAUUAGUAGUAUCAGCCAUGUGCGUAUACAUCGUGGCUCAGUACAUUUGUUUUCUGCUCCGUGUAUGUGUGUGUGUAUAUGUAUAUUUUAAUGACUAUAACAAAACAGAGUUUCUAUUGUGUUGGUGCAUGUCAUUCUAGAAACCAUUUUCUAAACGAGUGAAUCUUAAGUUUUAGAAAAAAAAAGGCAAUUUAUUUCUAGACUUCUGAAGUAAGAAUUAAUAUGCUAUAUUAGGGAAAAGAGUGACUAUUUUGAAGUAUGUCAAUUCCCUUCUGAAACUCUAG